GAUGAUUCUCUGUUUGUGUUUUCCACAUGACUAUUUGGCCUGUGCCAAAAUAUCAAGCCUAAUAGUUCUUCACUUUUAUAUUCGCUUCCGCUAUAACACAUUUGUCCUAAGCUGUCCCCUGUAAUGCAAUUAUCAUGUCUGUCCUUUCUUUUUCUUCUUCAUCAUCAUCUUCUUCUUCAUUCACUAGUUUGUCACUUUCCCUGCUGUUUAUCCUCCACAUAUAUACUUCGUUUUGCUUAGCCAAAUCCAUUAACACUACUCGUCCACACCGCAAACUCUCCGCUGAGUACUACUCCAAAUCAUGCCCUCAACUUGAAAAAUUGGUCUCCUCCAUCACAACCCAACAGUUCAAAGCAGCACCUGUUUCAGGACCAGCAACCAUCCGGCUUUUCUUCCAUGACUGCUUUGUAGAAGGCUGUGAUGGAUCUAUUCUAAUAGAAUCGAAGGCUGGAAGCAAAAUGUUAGCAGAGAAGGAUGCAGCAGUUAACAAGGACCUGAGAGUGGAAGGAUUUGAUAGUGUAAAGAAGGCAAAAGCUUUAGUGGAGAGCAAGUGUCCUGGUGUUGUGUCUUGUGCUGACAUUCUUGCUAUUGCAGCCAGGGACUAUGUCCACUUGGCAGGGGGUCCAUACUAUCAAGUUAAGAAAGGAAGGUGGGAUGGAAAAAUAUCAAUGGCAGCAAGAGCUGAGUCCAACAUUCCCCAAGCAAAUUUCACCGUUGAUCAGCUCCUCAAACUCUUCAAUUCAAAAGGGCUAGCACUUGAAGACCUUGUUGUUCUUUCUGGUGCACAUACAUUUGGUUUUGCCCACUGUCACAACUUUGUUAGCAGGCUCUAUGACUACAAGGGCAGCAAGAAACCCGACCCGGCAAUCGAUCUGAGACUACUAAAGGCACUGAGAAUGUCAUGCCCACAACAUGGUGGAAAUGCAGACAUUGUUGCACCAUUUGAUGUUACUACACCAUUCUCCUUUGAUCAUGCCUAUUAUGGAAACUUGGAGGCUAAAUUGGGGUUGUUAGCCUCUGAUCAAGCCCUCUUUUUAGACCCAAGGACUAGGCCAUUGGUUCAAACUUUAGCAAAGGAUAAGCAAAAGUUUUUUCAAGCUUUUGCAAUGGCUAUGGAUAAAAUGGGCUCUAUAGGUGUCAAAAGGGGUAGAAAACAUGGAGAGAAAAGGAAAGAUUGUACCAGGCACAUGUGAUGAGCAUUAGACCCUUUUUGUUUUUAAUUUUUUUGGGCUUUUCGUAGUUUUACGCUCUUCUUUUUUUUUGGUUUUUUUAUCCAUUUGAUUGGUUUAGCCCUUUGGUUUCUAAGUUGUCUUUCCUUUUUCUUUUGCCUUUUGUAUACGUGGCAUUGCUCUGAAUAUUUAGAGCGAGAGAAAAUUGAAAAGAUUUUAAUUUAAACUUGACAGAUAUUAUUUCUA